UGAGCCGCCUGUCACCCGCCCGAUAUUUUCCUGAUCCUCGCUCCGUCGCCGCCUACUUCUACUUGAGCCCCCGCGCGCUGCACUCCCUCGACCUCGAGCCGCCAGCCAGCCGCUUCGCUUUCCCCCGGGGCUGCAGUCAGCGCAGGGUAGAAGGUCAUCACUAAUGGCUGCAACAAUGGGUUCAAUUUCCGCUUAUCGUUCUUACCAAACAAAUGGCCCCGAUUCACUGAAGCAGUCAUGUCACAUGCAAUUCCAACAAUGUUGUAGCAGUGGAGUUAGGUUCUUGAGCAAGCACUUCCAAUCCGUGCAAAGUAAGACACAGCUGCCCAAAAGAUCUACAAACAAUGGAAUUCAUCCUAAGGCUGCUAGGUCUCGGGCACCUAUUGUAUGUUCUACUGGAAUGACCAUAGUUUUUGUUGCAACUGAAGUGCACCCAUGGUGCAAAACUGGUGGCCUUGGUGAUGUUAUAGGAGGACUACCCCCAGCUCUGGCUGCAAUGGGACAUCGGGUCAUGACGAUAGCUCCUCGCUAUGACCAAUACAAGGAUGCAUGGGAUACAAAUGUCCUUGUUGAGGUAAAUGUUGGUGACAGGGUAGAAACAGUUCGCUUCUUCCACUGCCACAAAAGGGGAGUUGAUCGAAUUUUCGUUGAUCAUCCUAUGUUUCUUGAGAAGGUAUGGGGCAAGACUGGAGCACAAUUGUAUGGUCCUACCACUGGAACUGACUAUGGGGAUAACCAAUUGCGGUUCUGCCUUUUGGCCCUUGCUGCAUUGGAGGCUCCAAGGGUUCUCAAUCUCAACAAUUCUGAAUAUUUCUCCGGACCGUAUGGAGAAAAUGUUGUCUUCGUAGUGAAUGACUGGCACACUGCAGUUCUGCCAUGCUAUCUGAAGAGCAUGUAUAAGCCAAAUGGAAUUUAUGUGAAUGCUAAGGUUGCUUUCUGCAUUCACAAUAUUGCCUAUCAGGGUAGAUUCGCCAGAGCAGACUUCGAUGUUCUUAAUCUACCUGACAGUUUCUUGCCUUCAUUUGAUUUUAUUGAUGGGCAUUUUAAGCCUGUAGUAGGAAGAAAGAUUAACUGGAUGAAGGCAGGGAUCAAUGAAAGUGAUCUAGUCCUAACGGUUAGUCCACAUUAUGUCAAGGAACUCACUUCUGGCCCAGAUAAAGGUGUUGAAUUGGAUAGUGUCCUUCGCACAAAGCCUCUUGAAACUGGAAUUAUUAAUGGCAUGGAUGUUUACGAAUGGAAUCCAGCAACGGAUAAGUACAUCAGCGUGAAAUAUGAUGCAACAACGGUAACCGAAGCGAGGGCUCUCAAUAAAGAAAGGUUGCAAGCUGAAGUUGGAUUGCCUGUGGAUUCGAGCAUCCCUGUUAUAGUUUUUGUUGGCCGUCUUGAAGAACAGAAAGGGUCAGACAUACUUAUUGCAGCCAUUCCAGAAUUCGUGGAGGAGAAUGUCCAGAUAAUUGUUCUUGGUACAGGAAAGAAGAAAAUGGAGGAGGAAUUGACACUGCUAGAAGUGAAAUAUCCAAACAAUGCUAUAGGCAUAGCAAAAUUCAACGUUCCACUGGCGCAUAUGAUGUUUGCUGGGGCUGAUUAUAUUAUCGUCCCAAGUAGGUUUGAGCCCUGUGGUCUCAUUCAAUUGCAAGGGAUGAGAUAUGGAGUGGUCCCCAUCUGUUCGUCCACUGGAGGACUUGUCGACACGGUAAAGGAGGGUGUUACUGGAUUUCACAUGGGUUCGUUCAACGUCGAGUGUGAAACUGUCGAUCCAGUUGAUGUCACAGCAGUCGCUUCAAAUGUCAAAAGAGCUCUGAAACAGUACAACACACCGGCAUUCACUGAGAUGGUUCAGAAUUGCAUGGCGCAGGACCUAUCUUGGAAGGAACCUGCGAAGAAGUGGGAGGAGGUGCUUCUGGGCCUCGGAGUCGAGGGCAGUGAGGCAGGCAUCGACGGCGAGGAGAUUGCACCACUAGCCAAGGAAAACGUGGCUACUCCCUGAAGUCCAAUGCCUUGGGAGUAUGCAUUAAGCGAUAGGAAGCAUCUUUUAGGAUCCCAACUGGAUGGCUUGGGUUAAAUUUAUUAGCCUUCAAUGUAAUUAUGAGUCAGACACCGGCAAAGCAACCAUUUUCGCCUCCACUUCAUGUGUAAUAUAAUCCCUGAUUUUCGAGAAAGCCAUGCCUGGUUUGAUUCCCGUGUAACGGUAGCUGUGGCUUGCCCCCCUUUGUUCAAUUGCCAUCCUUGUGUAAAUAGCUUAUGCCAGCGGGUAUCUGGAAUAGUCCCAUCUAGUAGGGUCUUCAAGGACUUGUUUGUCUUGUAUGAAGUAGCUCGUUGUUGUGCAUA